UGCACACAGCCACACUCUUCACUCUCAGUUUUAUCAGUGCAUGUGUGUGUGUGGGGGCUGACAUCUCAGUUCAGCGCUUUAGUAUUUGCAAGCAUGUCUGUGAAUGAGUCCAAGGCAGAUCUCUAUGACAUGUCCACUUUGUCCAUUGCUGAGCUGGAGAAAGAGUCUGCUCACCCCAAACCCUCUGUGUUUGAGAGGUACAUCCAGACUUGUACGGCAGAGGUGAUAGGGUCUGCUCUGUUCAUCUUUGUGGGUUGUUCGUCGGUGAUUGAGAAUGUGGAGGGCACAGGAAGGCUGCAGCCUGCACUGGCACACGGCUUGGCUUUGGCGAUUGUUAUUGUAGUCUUAGGUGAAAUCAGUGGCGGUCACUUCAACCCUGCAGUAACACUGUCUGUGUACCUGGUCGGAGGGCUGAACUUCGUCCUGCUUGCUCCUUACAUCGUGGCUCAGCUGUGUGGAGGGAUGCUGGGAGCAGUUCUGUCCAAGGCAAUCUCCACAGAGGAAACGUAUAUGAAUGCGUCGGGUGGGGCGUUCACGGCUGUGCAGAGCAGUGGGCAGAUCGGCAGAGCGGUUGCUGCAGAGAUUGUGAUGACUGUCUUCUUGACUCUGGUCGUCUGCAUGGGAGCAGUGAAUGAGAAGAGCAAGAGUCACAUGGCUCCCCUGUGCAUCGGUCUCACUGUUGCAGCCGAUAUAUUUGUAGGAGGAGCUGUAUCUGGAGCCUGUAUGAACCCUGCUCGGGCCUUUGGACCAGCAGUGGUAGCUAACUACUGGUCUUACCACUGGAUUUACUGGGUCGGUCCACUGGCUGGUGCUCUGAUAACUGCCUUCUUUGUAAGGCUACUGCUUGGUGACAGAAAAAUCCGGAUUCUUCUAAAAUAAAGCGACGUGAAUACUUAAAGAAAAAUGUGUUGAUGCCCAGCAAGCUACACCAGUCUAAAUGCCCCAACUAUAAUGAUUCUACUUUCUAGCACGUUUUUGGGGGUCUCUUGAAUGUAGACUACUUAUGGGUUAUGAAAGCUCCUGGUCACCAUGGAAACACAUUGAUUACUAUGACUUAUAUCCACCAUAUGUGCAGUUACAAAUUUAAGUUUGACAUAGAGACAAAAUGUAAGUGUGACAUACAGUCAGAUGAACAGAAACACAGCCUCCAUAUACCCCCAGAUUGUACUACAAUAAUGUGUUCUGAAGAAGUUCCUUAGCAAGUUUCAUUGCAGUGGAGAAAGUGGAAAAAUGACACACAGAGAGAGACACAGGCACUGUAGACCCAAAUAUUAUGAUACUUAAUAUAACUUGUUCUGAAGUAGUCGGUAGCAGGUUUAUUGACAACUGAACAAGUGAUUCUCUAAGCAAAACUUAGGGUGAGCCUCCACUAUAUCAAUAUAUAAACAAAUGAAAGCAUGAGAUGUUGAAGGUCUGUGUCACAAUAUCAUCUUAUCAAGAAAGAAACUUUGCCAGUUUUAUGUGAUACUUUACUGUAAUGUAUGUACUUGCCUUUGCUUAAACAUUUUCCCCUGUGCUUUACUACCCUGUCACAUGAUGUUAUCAUACAGUACUUUAAAACUGAUGAUGAGUCAUGACACAAUCAUUAUAUUAACUGAACAAGUAAUUAGAAUAAUCAAGCAAUCUAAGAAAUUCAGCAAAUGAUUUAGGAUAAACACGAACAAAUGACAUGGGUGUUAAACUUAGGUGAAAAAGAAUCAAUUACAAUUUUAUAAUGUCUUAUUAAUAUCUGGAUUUACUCCAAACAGUUGUCCUGCUUGUGUAUUCACUUUAAUGUAUUUGUUUACCGAUUUAAGAGUAUUAUUCCCUUGAUGAAAAGACAAAUUAUAGACAAUCAUUGAAUGCAUUCUUUUCCAUGUAAUUUAUAUUUACACUGAAGAAAUUAAAACCAUUACGCAUAUUCAUUAAAUUGAAUUCUUAAACCAGACAUAAUAACCUCAAUUCUUCCUACACUAACUAAUAUUUAAACUUGCUGCCUCAUCUAGCUACCAUGCUUGAUAUAGUUCACGAAAACGUCUCAGUUCACAGAUUUGCAAUGUUUUAAAAUCCAAAAUUCCAGGUCAGACUAUUUUUUUUAAGCUUCAUUAAAAAAAAUUUAAAAAAUGAAAAAGAGUAAUUCAUCCAACAGCAUUAUAAAACAUAAAUUAUAAAUCCAAAGGUAAAUCAAUGAUUUUAUGACUGUGAGUAAAACCAGGGUCUCUUUCAAAGUCUUUUUACUAAUGUCUGCUUAUAAAGAUUGUUAAUGUAACAUUUUGUAACUUAAUUAAGACAAAUAAUAAAUGUUAUAAUUCCAAUGUGGUGCUGUUUUAAAUUACAUUUAUGAUAUAUGCAUGGCCUAGAAUAUGAAACGACUUGGUGUAUAAUAUAAAGUACAGGUGAAGUACUUAUAGGUGAACUGAGAAAAUGUUAAUCUUUUUCUUUUUUAACUUAUAAAAUAGCCUUUAAGAGCCACAAGUUAGACAUAAACACAAUAAAGUGGAUAAUAUUGUUGCUGCAGGCUAGUGCCUGUUAAAGAGAUAGUGAUGUGGUGGGUAUCAGUUAUCAUGCAAUCGUGUGCCAUUAAAAUACUGCUUUUGAUUUGUCCAUUCUUCCAUACUUCAUCAAAAAGCCAGGCUUAUUCAGUUUAUAAAAGAUUAUAAAAGACAAGCGUGCAGGAAACAUAUUUUAAGG